AUAAUGAUUCUGAAAACAAUGAUUCUAAAAACAAUGAUUUUGAAGACAAUAAUUUCAAAAACAAUGAUUCUGAAAACAAUGAUUCUGAAAAUAGUGAUUCUGAAAAUAACAGUGAUUCUGAAAACAGCAAUGUUGUCUUGAUUAUAGUCUACUAUAUGCUUAUUGAUGCUAUUCAUUUGAAAGGAUGA